AUGGCGCUGAAACCUGGUGGCCAGGCCGUACUCGCCCUGGGCCUUUCCAGAUUUCAAAUCGAUAUACUCCAAAGACGCGCAGAACAGGUUGCCAGUAAUGGCCGACAAAUCAGCCGAUUUGCACGCCGUGUGUUUGCCCUCCCCAACUCCGAACAGAUAAACUCUCUCCAAUACGCUCCCUGGCACCCUCGUGAGUCGCGUGAGAAUGCCCAAGCUCGAAUAGGAGCUCCUAUGGAACGCACUAAGGAACAGGCGGCGGCUAAUUUCUUGGAUUUCCAACGCACCAUCCCUGGCUCUAAUAUCAGUCUUUUCAGAUGGAUCUAG